GAACAUUGCCCGUGCUACACAGUUUGACAUGCACAGCCGGACAAUCUGACAGCCCCCGCCAUCAAACUGCUAAAACCGAGUGUAAGAAUACGGGAAUUGCGGGGAGAUGCUGCUUCCUCUGGUGGCGGAUUUAUGCUGAGCUCUGCAGCUGCAUUCCUGGGGAGACUUCAUCCGUUUUCGUCGUCAUUGUUGUUGUACAGUUAUUCCGCCGUCGAAUUUUCUGAAGCGGAAAAGCGAAAAGAAGCAUCGCCGCGAAGCCCUCAAAGUGUCGACGAAAAUCGUUAAAAAAUAGAAAAACACUCGGCGACUAUGUCACGACGGGCUUGAAGACCCCCAUCCACGCAAAGGAAGAUAUUGAGAUUGAGCGAGAUCCAGGCUACACCACAGCGGGCUAGUGCCCCUAACCACCUACUGCAUCCGUCUAUUCCCAACCACAGCUAACUCAGGAUUCGCAUGGACAAAGGCACAAUGAAGCGCAAGCAGAGAAGAUACAGGACCACAUUCAACACACUGCAGCUGCAGGAGCUGGAAAGGGCAUUCCAGCGGACCCACUAUCCGGACGUGUUCUUCCGGGAGGAGCUGGCCGUUCGCAUCGAUUUGACGGAGGCACGGGUGCAGGUGUGGUUCCAGAACCGGCGGGCCAAGUGGCGCAAGCAGGAGAAGAUCGUCGGUCCUGGCGGGGAGUACAAGGAGGGAGCACUGGAUCUCGACGUGGCCUAUGACGACAGUGCUGUGCUGGGUCAACUGGACAGUGCACUGGGUGGAGGUGGUACCCUGUUGCCGGAUACUCCACCGCAAUCCUCCAACUCCCUGGACAACGAACUCAAGGCUUCCUACGGCACAGGAGCCAUGUCGCCCUCCCGACUGUCGCCGAAUAUUUUCCUUAACCUUAACAUUGACCACCUUGGACUGGAAAGAGGUGGCAGUGGUCUCUCCAUGGAAUGGUCCACCUAUCCACCCCAAACGCAAGCGCAGACACAACCGCAGAUGGACCCAGAAAACCAACUUCAGCAACAGCACCCGCCACAACAGCUCCAAGCCCAUCAGAAUCCUCACCAGCAGCAUCAGCAGAGCCAGCAGCAGCAUCACCAGGGUCUGGAAUUCGCCGCCUCCUUGAACCUGGACAUGACCGAUGGCUCCUCCGCCUACGAUGAGAUGAAGUUCCUCAGCGUGGACGUGGACCAGUUCACGAUCGACAGCUUCAAGGCGGACUGCAUCCUCAGUAUGGAGCAGUCGCAAAUGCAGUCCUACGUGGGCCACUCCCAGCUGGUUGGCUCCUCUAAUGAACUUUGCCUGGAGGGGAUUGGCAUGUCCUCCUUUGGCAUGGAAGAGGGCGACCCCAAGACGCCUCCCUCACUUUUGGUACUGGACAAGACGCUGCCCUCCUUGAGCAUUGGCGUUGAGGGGAUCGCUGAUCUGGUGGAGCAACUGCAUCAUCACCAUCACGAAGGCGGCUCAGUGGGAGCUGGUGUCAUCACCAGCGAUGUCUUGUAAAUCCAAAUUAGGUGAAUUCUUUGCUUAGUUAAACAUUGACUAAAAUGAAUCCAAUCCUAGCUUUAAUUGCAGACGCUCCAUCUUUUAUGUGGAAAUAAAGGUGGAUAGAGGGGAAAAAUGAAGUGAGAAGCCUGUUCUAGUUCUAUUAUUGUUUUCUAGUCAAUGUCGAUAAGCCGUAGCCUAAGUUCAUGACCAAAUAAGGUCGCCACACUUUACAAAAAAUAUUUCGAAAUACUAAUCAUUUUGGUAAAUUUUAUUGAUUCUUUUUAUGAUUUAUCGAGACAUAGUUUUAAAAUUUCCGAUUUGGAAACGUUGCUUAGUUUAGGAGAAUCUGUAACUUAAUGAAAAAAUAAAGCAGAACUUUAAGAUUAUAAAAAAGUGUUAAACACACGAAGAAACUAAUUUGAAUUGUUCACGAGGAAAACUGAAAACUGAAAUAGUUAUAUUUUUAGGUUUUUUAUUGAUUACUAUUUAUUUCCUAAAACUUUAAGAAAAUUCUGUUUCAGUGAAUAUCGCCAUGAAAAAUUGGAUGUAUGAAG